UAUUUUUCUCCAACUCUUGCCUUCAGUUCUAUCAUCCAUUGUUUGAUAAUACUUUGGGUUUGUUUGUGGGGAGGGUGAUUGUUGAGAUGGGUCUAACUGGUAAGUUGGUAAGGCAAGUAGAGAUCAAGUCUGAUGGUGAUGUGUUCCAUGAACUCUUUAGAGACAAACCACACCAUAUCUCCACCAUGUCCCCUGGUAACAUACAUGGCGUUGAUUUGCAUGAAGGUGAUUGGGGACAUGUCGGCUCUGUCAUUUCUUGGAACUAUACUCAUGAUAGGAAAAAGAAGGUUGCCAAGGAGGUUGUCGAAGCAAUAGAUGAGGAAAACAAGUCAGCGACGUUCAAGGUUAUUGAUGGAGAUCUCACAGAGCUGUACAAGGCAUUCAAAGGCACUGUCCAUGUCGAUGCGAAGGGCGAAAACAACUUGGUGACCUGGACUUUUGAGUAUGAGAAGAAGAGCGAGAAUGUUGAAGAUCCAAAUACGUUGAUGGAUUUCCUCAUCAAUGUCACCAAAGAUAUUGAGACUCACCAUCUCAAGUAAUAGACACCUUCGGGUGUGUGUGUGUCAAAUGUCAAUCUUAUCAUCUAAUAAUUGCAGUGUGGUGAAGCUUCUAAGUAAGUGUGUAAGACAAAAUAAAUAAA